AUGUCCAAUGAUAUUGCUUCGCAGCUUUUAGAACAUGUGCAAGCCAGUGAAUAUUUUGCACUGCAGUUGGAUGAAAGCACUGAUGUUGCAAAUCAAGCACAGUUUAUGGUCUACAUUAGUUUCCUCAGGCAGGACAAAUGUAGACCCCUUGAAGGCAGAACCACAGGGCAGGACAUAUUUAAUAUGAUGGAUCAGUUCAUGACGGUCAAUUCAAUAGACUGGUCUCGGUGUGUUGGUGUGUGCACUGAUGGUGCUGCCGCUAUGACCGGUGGUGUGGUGACCCUGAUCAAAGCGAAAGCCCCCAAUGCUGUUGCCACACACUGUAUGCUUCACCGUGAGGCUCUUGUGGCCAAACGCAUUGAUGAUUUGCGUCUCGUGCUGAGGAAUGUAGUUAAAACUGUGAACUAUAUAAAGUCACACCCCUUGAAACACAGACUAUUCGGUUUCCUUUGCAAAGAAAUGGGUGCUGAUUAUGAGAGCUUGCUGCUUCACUCAGAGGUACGCUGGCUUUCCCGCGGUGCUGUGUUAAAUCGUGUGUAUGCGCUGCGCAAAGAGAUGAGAGAGUUUCUCUCUGGUGAAAAAUCAGAGCUUGCCAGCUGUUUUGAAGAUGGCUCAUGGAUACUCAAGUUGUCAUACAUGGCAGAUUUUUUCCAGCAUCUCAGUUUCCUCAAUCAGAGCAUGCAAGGGCACAAUGUUCACACACUGAACGCACAAGAUAAGGUGUGCGCGUUCACGCAAAAAUUAUCUCUGUGGGAAAGCAAACUGAAAGAGGGAGUUACAGAAAUGUUCCCUCUCUAUAACCAGGAGUGCAUCUCCUCCACUGCUGACAAUAUCACACCCAUAAUCCAGUCUCACCUGUCACAUCUUCAGGGCUAUUUUAAACAAUAUUUCCCAGAUUUGAACAACACCCACCUGGACUAUGUUAGAAACCUAUUUGCACCAGGAAUUGGCACUCAUCUGGAUCUAGCAGCUCAAGAGCAACUGAUUUAUUUGACAAAUGAGGGAGGGAUAAAAACAAAGUUCCCCUGCCUUCCUCUGUCAGAGUUUUGGAUGUCUGUGAGAAAGGACUACCCUGUUUUGUCUGAGAAGGCAAUAAAGUGUCUUUUACCAUUUGCCACAACCUACUUGUGUGAAGCUGGAUUUUCAGCACUGAAAGUACUUCAGUCCAAGCACCGGGCCGUCUGGAGGUCGAAAGUGACAUGCGCCUGGCUCUCACUAAAAUGA